CGCCUCUUGCCAUUGCGAUUGGAUCCCGUCUUCGUUAGGGUUUCCUCCCGGGACGACGGAGCACUGCGGCGAAUGGCGAUGGACGAGGACGAGGAGGACUUCGUCUUCUAUGGCACACCGAUCGAGCGGGAGGAGGACACAUCCGCCCGGAAGAGGAAGGCCGUCGCCGACGCCGGCCAGCUACGGAGCCUUCCCCUAUGGAAGCAAGAGGUCCGAGAUGAAGAAGGACGCAGAAGAUUUCAUGGUGCAUUUACUGGAGGAUUUUCUGCUGGUUACUACAAUACUGUUGGUUCAAAAGAAGGAUGGACUCCUCAGACUUUUAGUUCUUCACGUAAAAAUAGAGCUGAGGUGAAACAACAGAGUAUAUAUAACUUUCUAGAUGAAGAUGACUUAAAGGGUAUGGGAGGCCAAGCAUUGGAAACAUCUAUGCAAUUUGAUACAUUUGGUUUUACUGCUGCUGAAUUUGCUCGAAAAGAAGUUGAGAAAGAUCAACUCAAAAGGCCAUCAGCUAUUCCAGGACCAGUACCUGAUGAAAUAGUUAUUCCUGCAUCAAAUUCUAUUGGUGUAAAGCUAUUGCUCAAAAUGGGAUGGCGCCAUGGUCAUUCGAUAAAGGAUACACAUUCUGAUUCAUUAUAUGAAGCACGCAGAGAAGCUAGGAAAGCAUUUCUUGCUUUUUCUGGUAAUGAGGGUGGAGCUAAAACAGCUAAAGAAGGAUCACAUGCAUGGGAUUCUGAAGAAUAUGCUGAAAGAGUGAACAAUGGCCUAUACACUUCAAAAAGCAUGCCUGAGUAUGUCCUGCAGCCAAAACAGGACUUGUAUGGAUUGGGUUAUGAUCCAUACAAGCAUGCUCCGGAAUUUAGAGACAAAAAAAGAUUGCGUGAGUCUAAAAGAAAAAAUCAUGGUAUUAAAAGUUCAGUGAGAGGAAAUCUUUUAUCUUCUAACUCAGGAAAAUAUGCGCCGGGCUUUGGUAUUGGAGCAUUAGAAGAACUUGAUUUUGAAGAUGAGGACAUUUAUGCAUCAGGUUUUGACUUUGAGCAAACUGAAGUUGACGAGGAUGAACCUGUGCAAAUGAUCAGAGAUAACAUAUACAGACUUGAAGACAAAAAAAAUGACUGUUUGCCUGGUUUUAAGGUUGCAUCAAGUCCUGACUAUACGAUUGAAAGAUUUCAUCCUCCUGUUAUCCCAGUCAAUUUUGAUCCACAUCACAAGUUUUCUGCCCCUCUCGAGAGUGCAACAACAAUUGCUGAAUUACCUCCACCAGAGGUUCCCCCUCCAGAAGACAAUAAUUUGAAGUUGUUGAUUGAUGGCUUUGCAACUUUGGUUGCUCGUUGUGGGAAAAUUUUUGAGGACCUUUCAAAGGAAAAAAACAGGUCGAAUCCCUUGUUCUAUUUUCUUAGUGGAGGAGAUGGCCACAACUACUACGAGAGGAAGUUGUGGGAAGAGAAGCAAAAAAGUGUCAAUCAUUUAAGGCUGGUGGAGGACUCUAAGUCAAAAUCAUCUACUCGGACUAUGACAGCAGAAAGCCGUGGUAGAAUUUUGGGUGAGAAGAAGUUGGAGAGAACCUCCAACGAGACCAGCUCAGCAGUUGCUGUCAAAGAAUUUAUUAAUCUGCAGUCCAAUCUUGCUGAUACAUUCACCAAACCAGUAUCUCUUGUUGGAUUAUUAGAAAUUGCAAAACCUUUCAAAGAUGAUCCUGCUAAGCAAGAGAGGUUUGAGCAAUUUCUCAAGGACAAGUAUCAAGGAGGUUUACGUUCUACACAACCUUCAGGGAUCAUGUCAGAGAAUGACAGGGCUCGUGAGAGGUUGGAUUUUGAAGCUGCAGCUGAAGCAAUUGAAAAGGGCAAAAAAUUAAUAGCUUCUUCAUCAAUGGAUCAGUUUACAGCUUUAUCAGGAGUUGUUGAUCAACAGUUCAUAGCAUCAACUGGCCUAACAAAACAUCAAAUUCCUCGAGAUGAAGAUAAGUUGACAAACAAACUUUAUCCGAAGAGGGAGGAGUUUCAGUGGCGGCCUUUGCCCAUUCUAUGCAAACGGUUCGACAUUAUAGACCCAUUCAUGGGGAAGCCAGCACCUUUGCCAAGACCUAAAAGCAAGAUGGAAACACUCAUCUUUAUGACGGAGUCUAUAAAGGAUGUGAAGUCUGAAGAGACCAAUACUAUCAGAAAAGAUUUCAUGCACAUAUCUCACUCAGAAUCCAAUGUGGCAGAGAAACAACUUGACUCCAAAGAGCCUGAGAUUGAGCAAAGCAGUGCAAGUGUGCAGAAGCCGGUUGAUCUGUAUAAGGCAAUCUUCUCUGAUGAUUCAGAUGAUGAUGGGGAUGAUAGUAGUUCUACCAAGGUGGCUGAUCCUGUGAAGAAGAGUGAAGGUGCCAACAUGACCCUAAACCGUUUGGUUGCUGGAGAUUUUUUAGAAUCUUUAGGUAAAGAGCUAGGUCUGGAGGUUCCAGCUGAUGUAUCCGGCAAACCUUUCAAGGGUAAUGGUUCAUCAAAUAUAACAGAAACAGCUUGUGCUGGAGAAAUCAAAAUUCCUGAAAAGAAUGAAAGAACUAUUUUCCCACUGGAAACCCACGAGGCACCUCCAGAGACUGAUGUUAUGGCUUCUCAACAAAGAUUUCCAGGAAGUACCAGAAACACAACACCUACUGGAAUAUCUGCUACAGGACUUUCUUCUUUUGCUAGGGAUGGUGAUGAUCAUGAUAAUGGUUGUAAAGAAAGUGCUGAUAAAUUCGUAAGUGGCUCUGCCGGAGGGAGAUUUUCUGACUUUCAUAAGGAAGAAGUUGAUGCAGAAAAAACACGAUCCCAGGCCAGAAAUAACCGAAGUCACUCGAGAUAUCAUGAUGGAAGGAGUUCGCCAGAUACUGGCUCUUCCAGUGGUCAUCAACAGCUUAAGAAAAGUGCAACUCACACAAGGCUUCAGCGACGCAGAAGCAGAACCCCUGAUACUCAUUCUGAUGGUGAUGGAUAUCAACCUAAAAGAAACAAAUCUCAUUCAGGGCAUCGUUGGAGGAUCAGGACUCCAGAUGCUGAUUUUUCUGAUGAUGAAUAUCAACAAAGAGAAAGUAGAUCUCAUUCAAGGCAUCAUCAAAGGAGCAGGACUCCAGAGACUGAUUCUUCUAGUGAUCCACAAGAUCAUUUUCAAUCAACAUCCAGAUCGAAGAAGCUGCAUCGUCAUGAAAGACGCAAAAAACACUCUGGACAUUCCAAGCGUAAAAAAAGAACAUCUCCUACUAGAGACUCUGGCUAUGAUAAGGGUAGGGAUGCUAGAGAAGAUGAUGUACGGGAUCAGAAACCUAGUGAUUUGAAGCAUACUUCUCAUUCAAAAUCAGAACAUCACAAAAGCCAUCAUCGAGGCAGACGAUGAAAUCAAGAUACAUCCUAGAAGUCUAGAACUAUUUUACCAUCAUCAACCUCAUCCUGAUUCUGCAAGAUUGACAUAAGUUGGAGGAAAAGAUUUGCGGCUGAAGCAUCCAGUCUACUUCUUGCUUGAUGCAGCCUUAUAUUAAAUAUUAAUAUGACUAGAUGUGUAGAUUUCGCCAGCGAGACCAAUACUGGCUGUACAGCUUUUCUAAGUGAAGUUUUAAGCUAUUGAUGGAAGAAUACACCCGACUCGUGUGAUUAGUAAGCAAGAAAGGAAGGGUUUUGAGCACUGCUCUUGUUUGCACUUGUCCUUUCGGAGUUAACAAGAGGUGAAACGAUGGAGAGAAGCCAAAGACUUGCAUUCCAACGCCAGGAGGACACUCCAUCGAAACUCAAUUCGGAGUUCUAUGAGAAAAGGAUGUAAUAUUUGUUGAUUGUGGUGUGGUAUCAACGUAGUCAUGUUAUACAAACAGAAACGGUGGUGGCAUUGUGGAAAUUCAGAUGCCAUGGAAAAUGUCAGUAAGCAUAGUUGGUAAAAAUUUAUAGCAAUAUUUGCACAAAAA